CUCUCUCUCUCUUUCCGACGCGGGAUUUUCUUACAGCAGCUGCCGCCGCCGCCGCCGCCGCCGCCGCCAGUGAUCACCUCGCCGCGUGAAUCGCACCAAAUCGCCGGCGUGAGAUGGCGGUCUCCUCCGCGUUCGAGCCUUCCGCAGAGAUGGAGCGGUUCCUCUGCGAGCGGCUGCUGGACGCGGAGCAGCCCAUCGCCGAGCGCUUCCGGGCGCUCUUCUCCCUCCGCAACCUCCGCGGGGAAGCCCCGCGCAGUGCCCUCCUCCAAGCUGCAAGGGAUCCUUCUAACUUGCUGGCCCAUGAGGCUGCAUUUGCACUAGGGCAGAUGCAGGAUGCUCAGGCUAUUCCCGCAUUAGUGUCAGUUCUCAAAGAUCUUUCUCUACAUCCAAUUGUACGCCAUGAGGCUGCUGAAGCUCUUGGAGCUAUUGGCCUGGAAAAGAGCGUUCCCCUGUUGGAGGAAAGUUUAACAGCUGAUCCUGCUGUGGAGGUACAAGAAACUUGCGAGCUGGCACUAAGACGGAUAGAAGAGCAGAAGAAAGUUAAUGGGGCUGAGAGUACGACCACUUCACCCUAUCUCUCAGUUGAUCCAGCACUGCCUGCAAAACAUGGACUUUCAGUAGACCAAUUAAGGGAUCUUCUCCUCAAUGAGCAAGAAAGCAUGUACGAACGUUAUGCAGCUCUUUUUGCACUUAGGAAUGAUGGUGCAGAUGCUGCUGUUUCUGCUAUUGUUGCAGCUCUGGGCGUCAAAAGUGCUCUUCUACGGCAUGAGGUUGCUUAUGUGUUAGGUCAGCUGCAAAAUAAAGCCGCUUCAGAUGCACUUUCUGCAGUCCUGAAGGAUGUCUGUGAGCAUCCAAUGGUCAGGCAUGAAGCUGCUGAAGCCCUAGGUUCAAUCGCAGAUCAAGAAAGCAUUGCGCUUUUGGAGGAGUUUGCGAAGGAUCCUGAGCCCAUAGUCUCGCAGAGCUGUGAAGUAGCUCUCAGUAUGCUCGAGUAUGAGAGAUCGGGCAAGUCCUUUGAGUUUCUGUUCCUUCAGACUCCUCAUGUACAGUAGGAGUCCCCCUCCGUUGUUGGUGUUACUCAUUCGAGCUACAAGUGCCUAGGCUAGGCUCCUGUUCAUGGAUGAUCACUCGUUGAAGGGACUGAAAGCUUUGGUUAACGUGACUGCACCAGUUAUAUUUCCGUGGGCUUUGAUGAUACUCUAUCCUGAUAGGAUUUUUUUUUUGUCAAUCGCGAUAUGGAGGCUGAAAUAUUGAGCAGCUGAAGAGAGAAGGACACGAAAACCAUGUAAUCUAGAGAAACUUAUGAAGUUGGGCAGUUUGCAUUUUUCUGACAAUGGUUUGUACUA